ACAGCACGUGCUCCUGGUUUAUUCAUACUAUUUUUAAACAGAAUCGGACCUCUAUUAAUCUUUAAUAAUUUGUUUGUUGGUUGUAUGGAUAUCCACCAUCGUAACUCAUAAAUAAGAGACGUCUCAUCUGUUUUCACUCUCACUUGUUCUGAAAAGAGUUUGAAGAAGAUACUGCAAUUGUUAUCAACUCUAUUUACAAACCACCUCCGAAAAUCAGGGUGUCAAAAUGAGGACGAACGAAGGAAAGUUUGUAGACCGGAAUCCUACAGUCCCAACAGCUGGCAAAUGUUUCGAUAGUGUCGGCUCAGUGCCAGAGUGUGUGCAGGCUUACAACCCAGACAAAGGUGAGAGUCCGGCAGUUACAAAGAGGUACCGAGCCACUUAUGAGCCAGAUGUUGGGGCCACCACAGUACACUAUGGCAAGGCAGCAGACAAGGAACAGUUUAUGGCCCAGGUCAUGACUCACGGGCUAGUGUCCAAUGCAAACCCACACACGGCGGCCGAGUGUGUGAAUCCGGAUCCGAAGACACUGUUCCAGCAGAGGGUGGCUGACAAGAAGGAGUCCCUCUACCUCUCCCACCAGACCAGACCUCUGGGCCAAGUGCCAGACCAGACUCCCAACCUACCAGAGGGCACAGACAUCUAUGAAAAACAGUUCGGCAGACCAGGAGAGAAAAACGAGUACGCAGGUGAGUUGAUCAAUCCCCCCAAGAGCAGCAAAGAGGUAGAGGAGGAGUCAAAAGUGGGCAAGGACUUGUACGAGAAGAGCCACGCCUCCUGGGAUGCAGGCGAACAGGUGACUCGUCACUACGACUGGUCCAGAUGGGACCCCUCCAACCGAUUCGGAGAGCCAACACCUUCGGACGAGCGUGGAAAACACGUCAAGACCAUCAUGUAUUGGCACGCGCAGAAGAAAAUUUUGCCUCCGGAACGGGUCAUUUCCAAACGGGAUGAAGGAGCCAUAAUUGAGGAGAAGGUCCUGGAUGGACACCGGGAGAAAUACACGGACCAGCUGGGCCAGACCAGAGACCCAAUAAAAGACACUAUGAAAGUGGGACCAGACCACACUUUUGGCAUCAUAGUGAAGCCAGACGGGUACGGGGUGGAUGAUCUGCUACAUGGGAGAGUGCCCAAACACUACCUGAGGGGUAAAGACAGAGAGAGGGCUCUGAUGGCGGCUGUCAGACAGAACCUUAAGACUAAUAACUUCAACCGGUUCGAUGAUGUCGCAGCCGCAUUCAACCACUACGACAAGGAAGGCAGUGGUAAGCUGAGCAUAGAUGCCAUCAGACAGAUGUGUGUGGACUACUGCAUCCCAAUUGAAGAAGUAGUUCUAGAGAGUCUGUUCGACUUCAUGAGGGGGGACAGUCAGGGGGGCAACGGGGGGCAGGAGGGGGGCCAGAUAGACUUCGACACCUUCGCCAACUUCCUACACUGGCAGACAACUUCAACUGGCACAGACAGCAACGGACAGAGAGAGUCCUACGAGGAGACAGGGGAGACUCCUAGGAGGAUAGAGAACCAGUUGGACAAACAGCUGGGGGGCUACAAGACAUCUGCCUCACAGGUCAACGCAGCAGUCGGAGUAGUCCCCCCACAGCAAGACUACCGCACCUACGGCACACCGACUGUGAGAGUGGACAGACCCGCACCCAAGUACAAGAGUGUGAGUGACAGGACCAACUACGGGGAUGAGGCGGACGCCUGGGGACUGAUGACCCCCAGUGUCUUCACCAACAGUGGCGUCUACGAAGACGACCUCUUCCAACCCAGAAGUCCAGAAGAGGUGAAGCGAAUCUUCGCCAACAUUGGGGAGGAUUUUGAGGACGGGUUCUUCUUCGAAGUGUGGAACAAAGCGGCCGAGAUGCACCCGAAGGCACUGGUGAACAUGGAAUGCUUCCGGGCGGCACUCAGAAUCAUGGGCACAAAAGCACACAAGAUUUAACAAGCCCCUCCCCCUCCCCUUGUCCUCACCUUCCCUCCCCCCUCCAACUAGCAAUCAGAAGGAGGCCCCCCACUUCACAUAACAGAUGUGCAGCAGACAUUAUGAGAGCAUAUUAUAUUAAGAAUACAUUAUAAAAUCAGGCAAACUCAAUCGACUUCCUUCUAAAUCCGAUGAUAAUUCAAAUAGUGAAAUCUG